GGCGUGCCGCCGCUUGUCCCUCGCGCGCCGCCGUAGCCCGGCUCGUCCCAUUUUUGUCCUCCGCGCGCCGAAGGGUGACCGGGGUGGUGGGGGCCGCGCGAGGAGCCUCAGUCGCGCGCUCAACCGCCCGUCUCCUUCGCCUCCCUUCCGUCCGUCCGUCCGUUUUAUUUUCUUUCCCGCCAUGCUGGCCGCCGCCCGGCUCCUCCGCAGCUGCGCCGCUCCCGCCCUGCGCGGCCUGGCCCUGAGGACGCCCGCUGCGGCAGCACUACCUCUGCGUUGCUAUGGUCACAAAGCAGAGAUCACAGAUGAAGAACUGGACGCUCGCUGGGUGAUGUUCUUCAACAAACCUGAUAUUGAUGACUGGGAACUCAGGAAAGGUAUUAACACCUUAGUCGAUGCAGACAUGGUUCCUGAACCAAAAAUCGUUGAUGCAGCUUUGAGGGCGUGCAGGCGGCUAAAUGACUUUGCUACCACAAUCCGCAUCUUGGAAAUGGUAAAGUACAAAUCAGGCAGAUACAAGGAUAUAUAUCCAUACGUUAUCCAGGAACUUAGACCAACUUUGAAUGAAUUGGGAAUUUCAACUCCAGAAGAACUUGAUAUGGACAAAGCGUAAACUUAACAAUGGACUUCCCAUGAGUAUACUUCUAAGGUUCUGUGACUGUACAACAAUUACCUGGAUAUAGACAUUAUAAUUACUUAUUUGAAAUCACUUCUUCCUUUUAUUGAGUCCUGGAUAUGUGUUGUGAAGUUGACCUAAUAAAGAGGAAAUGGUUUGAAUUGA